UCUCGGAGGCUCUUCUCGCUACAGUUUACGUAAUUCUUCAAACUUUAACGUGACUGCUGGUGAAAACAUAACGUGCCUGACUGUCCGAUAUGGUUUCGGCGGUCAAGAGUAAUGUAGCGAACUGCAUACAGUCCAUCCUUGCUCGAUGUCCACACUCUGUCGUUGGUGUUCAGAUGCCGGGACCUCAAUGUGGGCGGGAGUACCUCGAACCCUUCGAGAUGUCGGAACACUGGGGGCAGGGUUGGGGGUGACCGCCCCUACCCCAUGCACGGAGUUGUUCAGAUGGAGGUCCUGAUGGAUGAGGGGGUACCCACGGUGACAUCUGCCACGUCCGUGUCCCGUAGCAACUCUUCACCCCUGAGGACCAGCCCUUCUCCCGCAGCCACCUCGGCGCAGUCGCGCACCAACGGCACUGUGGUGUUUGCAUCUCCGGCACAGGUCAAGCAGCUGAACGUAGUGCCAUCAUCAUCAACGCAGGCAUUGGCAGUUCAACAGCCGGGUGGAGGUGUGUCCAUCGUUCAUGUGUCCAUUCCAAACCAACCAGUUCAUGUCCAGUCCGUCAUCCAGCCAACUCAACAGUCUGUCAUACAGGCUGCAGGAGGUGCAACCUUACAAACGCUGGGCAAGAAUGUGAUAUUGGUAAAUAAGAGCUCGGUGAUCCAGAACGCCGACGGGGAAGCAGCCGUGCACCCCGUCCAGCUGAUACCUGCAAGCAAACUGGAUGGAAGCAGCGAAGUGAUCACAAUGGCCGGGGAGGAGGAAUCCAAGAAACGGCGAGAGAUUUUGGCAAGGCGGCCGUCUUACCGCAAAAUUCUCAACGACCUCUCGUCUACAGAAGCCCAGGGAGCAGUGGCGUCCCUCACGGCAGACUCCAAAGAGGAACACGAGGAAGAUCCCGAUAAUGGGACCAUCACCGUGGGUGGCACCCAAUACCACACCACUGCCGGGCUCAUCAAGGUCGUUCCAGCGUCAGCUAUUCAACUGGCAGCAGUCUCACAGGAUGGUGGACUUGGAGGACUUCAGACCCUGACAAUGACAAAUGCUGGCUCUGGUACUGCAGGGACCAUAGUGCAGUACGCCCAGGGACAGGAUGGACAGUUUUUUGUGCCAGUUAACGUAUCCGCAGCUGACUUACAAGCAUACCAGAUUCGGACGACAUCGGCCACGGGACUCUCCGCCCAGAGCGUGGUCAUGGCACCUGCAGGAUCCCUGCAGACGCAGCAGUCAUUAGCUGAAGAGGCAUCGCGCAAACGGGAACUUCGUCUGCUCAAGAACAGGGACGCAGCCAAGGAGUGCCGUAGGAAGAAGAAGGAAUACAUAAAGUGCCUGGAGAACCGUGUGGCUGUCCUGGAGAACCAGAACAAGGCUCUCAUCGAUGAACUCAAGUCUCUCAAGGAACUGUACUGUCAGAAGAACGAGUGACCCCCCACCACAGAGCUCGCGCCACCUGUAAAUGAUGCACAAUUUGUACAGCCUGUUUUCUUUUUACCAUUUCUACUGGUCAUGUUCACUCAUUGUCACGAUUCCUGUACUCUCUUCCAAAAGGGAUACGCUGUUGUACAUAGGACUUGUCACACAGACUGAUGUUGUGUUUUGCCAUUUUUAAUUUGUGCCCCCUUUUCCAAAUGGUCGAUCACUUGAAACAGAGGGGAGGAAUCGCAGCACCCAUUUUCUUUCUUGCCGAGGACGGGAAAGUGCAGUCUGAUGAGAAUAAACCUUUCAUUUAUCA